AUGAGAGGUGCCUUUAAAACCAACGAUGGGUGGUUUGAGGCGAAACGCAAGGGCUCCAAAGGCAGCUCCAAGGAGAGCUCGCUCAAAUCUUCGGCAUCAACGGCAAGCGCCAACUCAGGUCUCCAAGUAGAAAAAAUGAAAAAAAUCAUCCGGGAAGAAGGACGUAACGCUCGAAAUCUACUUUAUUACAAUGUUCCACAACAACCUUCAGGCGACCGUUGCAUGCGGCCAGUACCGAUCUUUGGUCGAUCGAAGAGCGAGACGAGGAUCUCCGCAGUCGAGCACAUGACGCACGGUGGCGGUGAUAUGCGUCGCAUUUACGAUCAAGCAAGGACCGACAUCAGAGCGCGCGCAAACGCCAAAAAGUGGCAAUUCUUAAUCGACAAUCUCAAGAAAGCCGUUGACCAAAUUUACGCGACUUGCGAAAAAGACGAGUCGGUAGAAGAAUGCAAGGAAGUAGUGCUCUACCUGAAAGCUUACUUGUACGACGUAGAAAAGCUUCAAGAACGAAUUCUACUACAGCGGGAUCCAACAUUCGAACAGAAGCUGCCGAUCCGUGGCAUUGCUUGGGAAGUGCGCAAGACCAGUCCUGCCCCGCGAAAGCUGGAUGAAAUCAGAUCAAAGACUCCUAGAUCACCGCGUGAAAGGCUCUCUAAUCGGACAAACACAGAUCAGCAGAAUAAACAAACUGCGCAUCACAACUCCAACGGAACCAGAACAUGGGCAGAUAGGUUGAAAGGCAAGUCAGUAAGUGACACGAGCGUUUUGCCAAAGCCAAUUUCCGUCUCACCAGACCAGUGCGACCUUCCUGUUCCAAAACUUGAUUUGGAAGAUGUGCGCGAUUACAACGCAAACGGCUCCAUGCAAAGCCCGAUAGAAGACUUUGACUGGGCCGACGAUGUCAUUAGCCAAGACGACUGUCAGUAUAGAGAACCAGGACGGCUUGCCACCCUUCACGAGACUCUGAUGUCCCCAUCGCGCAAAAAUACGGAAAAGAACAGCGAAUCCUAUAGGGAGCUGAUCGAGAGCCGUCAGAAAGAAGCCCAACAGCGGCGUGAAGAGAUUCAGCGGGAAAAGACGGAAAAAGUACGAAAACAAACUGAAAAGGUAGAAAAAGCUCAACAAAACCAGAAAAAAGCUCAACAGCGCGCCAAAAUUAACCUCGAAGAAAAACUGAAGCAGGCGACUGCAAAAAGAAACGCACAACAACAGGACCUCAAGAUCAAGGCGCAAGACGAAAGUCAAAAAGUAAAAGAAGUAAACUUCAUCAAUGAGCUAGAAAUCGGCAUGAAAAGAGCGGAUGGAGAAAAGAAGAUCAAAAAAUACGAAGAAAAGACGGAGAAGCACACGAUGUCAUUAGAAGAACAGAAGGAGCUCAAAGCAAAAGAAAACGAGGAGCGUGAGCGCGCAGUCAUUGCUCGCAAAAGACGCCUUGAGUAUGAGCGAAAAACGUGGCUUUCAACAUUAUCCCAGAAGCGGCAGGAUAAGACCUCGUUGAUUUCCGAAAAGCUAGAAAAGGAGAAAAAUGCCAAGAUUGCGGCGCUCAAAAACAAAGAAAAGCGCCACGAGGAAUACGUUAAUGCCAGACGGCAACAAGAAAAGAAAGAUGCGAUGGAAAGCAAGGAAAAAAUUAAGGCAAAGCAGAUCGAGGCCGAAAGAAGACGUCUUGAAGAGCUGGAGAAGCGGAAAGAACGAGCGCAGGAUAUGAGUCGCUGUAUCCCAGUGUCGCCACGGUCGAACAUGGAUGGACAAAAGUCGAAUCGAGAAUCACCCUCAUCAACUGUUUCGCGAAAGCUGAACUUCGCAUCUGACCGCGAGGACUUUGAUUCUUCGCCAGAAAAGAGCCUCAUCACCGUCGCUUCUCAGAAGAAAACUGCUAAAAAGAAGCUGAAAAAAAUCCGUGUCAAAGUGGAAAACAGAUUCGAGCAGUUCGAACUCAUGUUGAAUGGGGACUGCCCUCCCGCGUCGAGCAAGGGCAAAAUGGGAAAACUGAUUGGUGACAUCAAACGCCAGGCCGAGCUUCAGCUCCAGGAAGGGAAAAACUCUGUCUGGUCGGCAAACCGACAAGCAGCGCUUGAGCGAUCAUUGACUGAUCUAGCCAAGGUGGCUCCACAAUCUCAACUUGGGGAUGUCUUGCCGCUCACUCAAGCCAUCAGCUGUCUCCUACAAAUUCGCACAAUUGCUGCAAGAUGCUUGUCUCUCAUCGUCGACGUGAUCAAAUCUUCGCGGCCGAUUCAGUGCGCUAGUCUUAUGUGCAGCUCUGUGCCUUUUACCAUCAUCGACCUUGUGACUUCAACGUUUGUCAAGUACCCCGUCAUUGCUGAGUCGCCAUAUGUAGAUCGCUGGUAUCUGCUCGAUAGCCUUGCCUGGUUGAUGACUUCUUGCACCGAUGCUCCUACUGGGGCGGAACUUGCGCAUGCUUCUUCUUCAGACGUCAUCUCACACGCUCUGCAAUCAGGUUUCUACGAGAAGCUCUGGCAGUUCGCGACAAUUGAAUGCUCUCAUGACGUGCUCUCUGCUGCAUUCGCCUUCCUCACUGCGAGUCUACGAACUGUAGGCAUUGCGAAAAGCCCAUCGUACCAUGAAGAGUUUAUUGCUAUGCUCGAAAGAACGGAAUUGUUGGGCGGAAUCUCGGUGCUUUACGGAUCCAUUGUUCUCGAGCAGAAUAGCGACAAUCAGCACGGUGGAAUUAAACUUUCCCCGGCGAUCGAGCGAACUACGAUGCUGAUCCUCCAAUGCAUUAAUUCAGCGGCGACGCUCUGUCUUGAGACCAUGCAACGAAUUCUAAACCAAGAACUGCUACAAGUUCGAUCAGUGAUUGCAUGUCUUUUGACUUCGAUGGUUCCCGAGGCGAUUCGCCAUGAAUCGAUCUUGGCUAUUGGUUAUUUCGUCAUGGGAAACAAGGAGAACCAGCUCUGGAUCCACCAAGGCGAACAACCAACGAUUCUCAACCAACUCUGCAUGUUGCCCUUCCAAUAUUUCUCCGAGCCCGUUCUGAAGGGAAUUCUCUUCCCAACACUUGUCUCCAGCCUCUUUCUUUGCGACGAGGCAAAGGAAAUUGUCCGCAAUGAAGUGUCCCUCAUUCACAUGGCCUCCUACCUCACAGACUCGAUCGAGCAAGUUACGUCUGAAUCGGAAACACUUGUUUCUGAAGCUGAAAAGUGGCGCCUGAAAAAUGUCGACCGCUGGCUUCUCUACCACCGCUUUCAUAAAUUUUCUCUCAACGAUGCGAUCGAAGACUUCCUUUCAUAUACUGCCGCUUAA